CCUGGCGAUAAGAAGGUCAUUUCAGUGGUGUCACCAACAACUAGUUCAUUAUUUUAUCCUACCAACAGUUAACUGAAAAUCAAAACUAAUCAGUUUGUGAGCACAAUUUGGAACGCGAAAAGCAUUUUCGACAAACCAACUGAUGUAUUCGAAGUAUUCAGCAACUUACAACGGGGAGUCAUCGGCAAGAUCACCUGUCUGGAGAUCGCCGCAUCCCAAUCCUUCGCCGAGUAGGAAUGGGUACAAUCGGAAUGCCUCUGUGGUUCCCACUUCCAACUAUGGUGAUCGUAGGAUGAACGAUCGGCGAACGCCGACGAAAAACGGACACCAUCUUGACGGCCUGGACGAUUUGGACGGAAAAAUCGCUGACCUCAGUAUGGCGGAGGAAGUUAAACUUCAUGAAUCGGAAAACGCAUGGAGACCCAGGUUCCUCAAAAGAAGGGGAGAAUGUGACGAAGCUUCGAAGAAAACAGACGAACUGUUGAAAAAAUUUCGCAGUGUGUUGAAUAAGCUGACGCCGGAUAACUUCAGCGUGCUCAUAGAGCAGGUGAAGAACCUCGACAUUGACACCGACGAUCGUUUAGAUGGGUGCAUCAAAAUUCUGUUCGAGAAAGCGAUAAGGGAAGCCAACUUUACUGAUACGUACGCCAAAAUGUGCAGCGUUUUAGGUACAAUAAUCAGCGCCGGAACCAAUGGACAGCGGACGAACUUCAAGCGAAAAUUGAUUACUCAGUGUGAGCUUGAGUUCAAAAAACAUCACUCAGAGGCAAAGCAAAGCAGCAGCCCAAGUGCGGAAUCAAAGACAAAUGGUGAGAUGGAUCAAAUCGAUGGGAAAGAUGAGCUCCAGUACGCCUUGGAAGAUAAGCAAACUAAAAUCCGACGGCGAGCCUUAGGUACAGUCCGCUUCAUCGGUGAGCUGUACAAACAAGAGCAACUUACGUGCAAAAUCAUGUACGGAUGUAUCAACAUCUUGCUGGACGAAGACAUGUUGGAAGAAGAGUCUCUCGAAUGUCUCUGCAAGUUGCUAACCACAAUAGGUGCUCGAAUGGAGAAGGACCCCGUCCAGGGACCGCAAGGAAUGAAACAGUGCUUCUUGCGUUUACAGGAAAUCGCGGACAGAAAAUCCACACUUCGGGUGUGCAAUCGUAUCCGUUUCCUGAUAAUCGAUCUCAUCGAACUGAGGGCAAACAACUGGCAACCGCGUAGAGUACAGGCCGCCCCGAAGACGAUGAAUGAAAUCCAGAAGGAGGUCGAAAUGGAGGAGAAUAAAAAUAGAAUUCUAAACUUUGUGCUCCCGGAGCAUGGUCACGGAGGGUACAGUCGUCAAGGAGGCGAACGGAGUUACGGAGGGGAUGGCGGAAGUACAUCCAGGAACUCAUCGCGCUUCCCAAGGAAUGAUGGCUUUAUGAGGCCACCUGCUCGACCGUUACCGAGUUUCGAUGUCAAAAGAUUGAAUGUAUCCAAUAAAUCCGCGGAAGCUAUGAGCCUUGGAUCAGCUGCCAUGUUUAGGGGGUGGGGCAAUAAUAGCGGAUCAUUGUCAUCCAAUGAUUUUGCGCAACAGCGUAUGCCACCGCCAAGUUACUUCGGAUCAGGAGGUAGUGGCGGCGGUUAUGGUGGUGGUCACAGUGGAAGUGGUUCCUCGUACAAUGAUGGAGCUAGUGCGAGUGGUGGAGGUGGCAGAGGAGGUUACGGCGGAGGAAACAAACGCUCUGAUGGUGGAUCCGGUGGCAAUCAGAGACGUUUCUAUAAUGGAAGAAAGAGUCAGGUGUUGGACUAAGCUUUGAGAAAACAGGACUGUUUUCAAGGAAGUUUAUUUUUUGAUUGUUGGUAUUAAGACGAUUUUUUUUUUGGCUUUUUUAAUUGGAGGAAGGAAAAGCCCAUUGUGUUGCCUUUUUUCUUAAAUGGGCAUAAAACCUUCUCAUCUUUUAGCAUCAACAGAUUAUUAGAAUCCUAAUGAUGCACACAGAACAAAUAUACAAUACAUCUUACAUUUAUCAGCAAUAUAACUUAUUCUAAUUUAAAUAUACUAAUCUAAUCUAACGGAGCACUGCACGAAUCUUUUUCUUGAUAAUAGAACGAGACAAAUUAAAGUCAAAAAUAAUAUAACGAUCAUUGAACACACGACACAUGCUACUUAUUGGUUCAUUGUGGCCGAAGUUUGUGCGGAAUGUAGUAAUUCGCAGAAAAUCGUGCGAACGGAGAAUUGGACGACGAAUAGGUUAAGUGACCCAGUUAAAGA